AUGAAAGGAAAAGUUGGGACAACAGGAAGUUUCUUUCUGUUGAACACGGGGGACAAAAUUCCAGCCAUAGGGCUUGGGACUUGGCAGAGUGGCGGUGAUCUCUGCGUUGAGGCUGUGAAAACUGCGUUAUCGGUUGGUUACCGUCACAUAGAUUGUGCACGGCUUUAUGGGAAUGAGAUUGAAGUAGGGGAGGCACUUUCUGAAGCUUUUAAAGGAUCUUUAAGGAGGGAGGAUGUUUUCUUAACUUCUAAGAUUUUUUGCACUAUGAAUUCACUCAAUAAGAUGGAGAAUUCUGUUAGAGUAUCUCUUAAGAAUCUUGGAGUGUCAUACUUGGAUCUCUAUUUGAUGCAUUGGCCUGAGAGCUCGGCAUUUGGAGAUGCUACUGAUCCUCCUACUAAGUCAGGGAGUGAGUAUAGGCAGUUUCUGAAUCGGUUCAAGACUACAUGGAAAGCAAUGGAAGGUCUGGUGGAGUUGGGUCUAGUUCGAGCCAUUGGCGUGAGCCAUUUUAAUAUAGAGCAGAUAAAAGAAUUGCUUAAGUUUGCAAAAAUGGUUCCAGCAGUCAAUCAGGUAGAGUUGCAUCCAUUUUGGAGGCAAGAUGAACUUGUGAAAUUCUGCCAAUCGAAAGGUAUUCAUGUUUCUGCUCACACACCAUUAGGAGUACCAACUUCAAAUCCUGGACCGUCUGACAGUGGGUCCGGUGGGGAAGAUGAACCCGGAACUCCACGCAUAUCAUUCAGGAGGUCGAGAUCAGUACAUGGCCCAAUGUUGAAAUUGUCAGUUGUUGGAGAAAUAGCAGAUCGACAUAAAAAGACACCUGAACAGGUUAUCUUGCGGUGGGGUCUGCAUAGAGGAACAAGUGUGCUACCGUGUAGCGUGAAGCCUGAUCGGAUAAGACGAAACAUGGACAUAUUCAACUGGUCUUUGUCAGCCGAUGAUUGUAACCGCUUGAAUGAGAUAGAGCCACAGGUAUGUCUGUUUGGGAAUAUGCCUCCGAAUAAUAGUAACCUCUCGGACAGUGGAUUUAUGCCCGGAAGUGGCUGUCCCCUUCAAGCUGUGAAUGAGAUGGAAGAUGAUGCGGAGUCCAAUUCUUAAAAUGUUUUUUUUUUUUUUAUUUUGGCUUCUUGUUUUUUUGUUAUAUUUCUGUGAGAUCUAUAGAGUGACAUUUUUAAGUUCAACCAUGUCUUGAUGAUAUAUUGUCAUAUACCUAUUAUUUGCAAGAACUUCUCUUUUGUGGAUGCUGAAAAUAUAUUAAGUCUAAAGGGUACAUUAUAGUGAAGUUGAAAUUGAAUUGGUGAGAGCA